GCCUGUUUUCUCUCGCUGGCAACCUAGUGGGUAAAACAAAGAGUUCGAGUCUCCCAGCUUCGCCAUAUUUAUAUCUUUUUUUUUUUUUUUUUUUUCAAAAAUAAGAUUUUUUAUUAAAAAAUUUAUUUGAAUUAUGUAUGUGUAUUCUAACCCAAGGAAAAUUUUGGUUCUUUUGUUUUUAUGAUUUUAGUUACAGCUCUGAUUUUCAUCUUCUUUAUCUGUUUGUUUCCUCGGAAAAAAUGCUCACUUUGAUAGCUAGAAGUGGAGCUGUCAAAUGGGUCCCCGACUAUGUGAAAUCUGCAAUGAAACACAAUCGAAGUACAAGUGUCCCGCUUGUCUAGUGCCUUAUUGCUCCGUGGUUUGUUUCAAGAAGCACAAAGAAAUCCCAUGUGCUAAGCCAGUUCCUUCUGAGGAAAAAUCAACUGCUGAUCCAGAAUCACAUCUAGAGAGAACAUUAAAUGUGGAAGAACCAGGCAAUGUGCUACAAAAGUUGCAACUGGAGGCUAUAGCUCCUGAUCCGGAGUCACCUGUAGAGAGACCGUUAAAUGUGGAAGAACCAGGUGAUGUGCUUCAAAAGUUGCAACUGGAAGCUAUAGCUUCUUCCAGUGAAAUUCGUGAUGCUUUGAAGGAUGAAAACCUGCAGAAAAUCAUUCGCAAUAUUGAUGGUUCACCAGAUGCUGAGAAUGAACUUGAUAAAGCUAUGGAAGUGGAGGUGUUCCGCAUAUUCACUGACAAGAUUCUAUCAAACAUCAACCUGUAGCUGCAACCGGCGGGAAAUUGAGUAAGAAGAUGACAUUUGUUGCAGGAAGUUGAAAAUCCUACAAAACCAGCAGUAUGUUUGAUCAACUUCUAACUUUGGCUUCAAUAUAGAUUUUCCAAUCUGGUUGGCAGCUCACGUGUCUUGCUUGGUUGGUUUAACUUCAUACAAGUUUGUGGCUAGGACUCCUCUGAUGUGAUGUGCAGUUUUGAGAAUACUUCAAUUUUGGGCCUGGUUAACAAGUAUUUUAAAGUUUUAAUGUUUUAUGUUGCAAAUAUUGCAUGCAAAUUAGAGCAAAAUUGUGUAAACUUAUAACAUCUAUUAGCUGGGAUCACUACAAUUUUUUCUGACUCCAGUUAUCACUU